GGAGUAAAUAUUUGUACAAGACACAUACCCGUUUAUCCAAGAAAAUAUCAUCUCCCUCAGCAAUUCUCCAAGCAAUUCUGUUUCAAAGUCAGAGUUAGAGACUUAAGAAGAAGUGAGUCUGAAAGAGAGUUAUGGCUCCGAUGUGGUGGAAUAAUAGUGAUAAAAAGAAACAUGUGGGAGGCACAAGCAGUGAAGACGAAUUGCGCGAAGAUGGAUCUUACCCAAGGAUGACAGCAAUCACAGUGGGGUAUAAUAGUCAUAUCAUGUCACUUCGGGUCCUCUAUGAUAAUAAAGACGGACAAAAUUAUGGCCAUCCUGACUCCGCUGUCCCCAAGAAAGAUACGUUGAAGCUAGGAAAAAAAGAAUACCUUAUCGGUGUGUCCGGACACUAUUCUCAACCGGGAUCAGCGAAUGGAGGUCCCCCACGACGCAUUCGGUCGUUGACACUCACGAGGAACAAUAACAAAAAUAAAUCAUACGGAGUCCAAGAAGGUGAAGCAUUUGAUUUAACAUGUGCAAACGUACAAAUUGUGGGCUUUCAUGUACGAGGUAGUCCGGAUUUGGAAUCAAUCGGGGUCAUUUAUCAUCGAGAUCUUAUUAACAUUCUGAAAGGAAAAACCAAUAUUCAAGCUUUUAGACCAAGAGGACCUCAAAUAAGGCCUGAUUCAGCCUUGGGAAAAUUUGGGAGUGAUUUGACAGAGAAGGCUAAAGCCAGAAAACUUGACCCAGUUAUAGGAAGAUCUAACGAAAUUGACAGUUGCAUUGAAAUUCUAUGCAAGAGAUCAUCCAACAAUCCUCUUCUAAUUGGUGAGGCUGGUGUCGGCAAGACAGUAAUUUCUCACGGAAUUGCUCAAAAAAUUGCUGACAAAGAUGUUCCUGAUUUACUGAAGGAGCGUAGGCUGAUAUCCCUUGACGUGAAUGCUCUUAUCGAUGGGAGGCUUGAAAAGCUGAAAGAUGUUGUCGAAGAAGUAUCAAAAUCUAACCGUCAUAUUUUGCUUUUUAUUGAUGAGAUUCACUUGCUUCUUAAGGCAGAAACUGCAACGGGUUCAGAUGCCGCUAAUAUACUAAAACCUAUGCUUGCUGAGGGCAAGCUGUCAUGUAUUGGGGCGACAACAUUCGACGAGUAUCGUAAGUACAUCGAGAAGGACAGAGCACUGGUGCGUCGCUUCGAAACUGUUGAAGUUGAUCAAUCCUCAGUUGAAUACACCGUUAAAAUAUUACAGGGACUGUGUAAAGUAUUUGAGGAAUACCACGGAGUAACCUUCUCUGAACCUGCACUCCAGGAUGCUGCAAAGCUAUCAGAUCGAUACAUAACUAACAAACUUCUCCCUAGCAAAGCUAUUGCUGUGAUAGAUCGAGCUGCCUCUAAAGUAAAACUACGAGUUACCAAUGAUGAAUCUGAUACGAUAAAAAGAGGAAAGAGGAUACUCCAUGACAUCCAAGACAUCAAAAGACUGAAACAUAAGAUGGAGAAUGAUGACAUGAUUAAUCUGAUCCAACCUCAUACUAGUGGUCGUCCUGUGAAUAACGCUUCUUUUAAAGAAAGCAUUGCACUCUCCUUGGAACGGGAACUUCAACAUGCAAAGGACGAGUUGAAUAAAGUUAAGGUGGAGUUGAAAGAAUCUAAUCUUGAGCUAGGAGAUGAAGUUACAGCAGAAGAUAUUGCUAGCGUAGUCAGCGAAAUGACUAAAAUACCCCUUGAAAAACUUACAGAAUCAGAGUCUGAGCAAUUGUUGCAAUUAGGGACGGAGCUGCAUAAGCGUGUGGUAGGACAAGAGCAUGCGGUGGAGGCAGUAGUUAAGGCGGUGCAACGCUCGAGAGUAGUUCUUGGAAAUCAAAAGCGUCCCACAGCAAGCUUCAUGUUUAUGGGACCCACGGGAGUUGGAAAGACGGAGCUGGCUAAGGCACUUGCUUAUUUGUUGUUCAACACAGAGGAAGCAUUGGUGCGCUUCGAUAUGAGUGCGUACAAGGAAAAGCAUGCGGUGUCACGCUUGUUAGGGUCUCCACCUGGGUACAAGCAGCAUGAAGAAGGAGGGCAGCUGACUGAAGCCAUUCGACGCAGACCCUAUUCCGUUAUUCUGUUUGAUGAGAUCGAGAAGGCACAUCCGGAGCUUCUAGAAGUCUUGCUUCCCAUCUUGGAUGAAGGUAAAAUAAAGGACGCAGCAGGUCGCUUGGUCAACUUCACCAAUACUGUUAUCAUUAUGACCUCAAAUGUUGGAUCAAAGAAGAUUCUCAGUGACGCCAACGAUAACCUACCUUAUGAAAAUCUCAAGAAGAACGCAAUGGAGGCUGCACGCUCCCACUCCCAUUUUAAACCUGAAUUCAUCAAUCGCAUUGAUGAAUUUCUUGUCUUCUUGCCUCUCAGCAUUGACCAAAUCGAAGCCAUUGUCGCGUUACAGUUGGAGGAGUUGGAGAAGAGAUAUGCAAGUCAGCGCGAGAUGAAAAUUCAGGCAACGCCUGAUGCUAUCAAACUUCUUGCGAACUUGGAGGAUGAUGACAAACAAUAUGGUGCAAGGCCAGUGCGGCGGGUGAUUCUGGAUAAAGUGGAGGAUCAACUUGUCCAACGUAUUCUUCGCCAAGAAUUUCAGAACGGUGACACAAUUUCUAUAGGCAUAGAAUCAACAUCAUCUUCAUCCUCUUCCUCCGCCCAACAGCUUUCUUUUCAGAAGCUGAAUUAGUACAGCUACUUCAUCUUCUACCACUCAACGAAUGUAAAAUUCAUCUACAAAAUUUGAGACGCUACUACCAGUGAAAGCCGAGACAUUACCGCUCCAAAUAUUAAUAUUUAUUCAACAACUCGUCAAGGAUGAUGAUACUAAGAAUAUAUUUGUAACUUUUAUUAUUGAAAGUAUAGAGUUUGCAAAUAAAAUUAAUCUGGUGAUACGUGAUAACUGAUAAGUGAUAC